AUGUUUAACCAAAUUAAUAAUCAUCUUAUUGACAUCACAUGUUAAAAUAAUGAUGAAUGCCUAGAUAAAUACACGAAUAAAUGCAUUUAAAUUAAAAAAAGUGGUAUUUAUGUGGCUAUUGUUUAAUAAAAUCGUUAAUGUAUUGGAUUAAAUUAAUAUGCCUCUUAGUAAAUGAAGAUUUAAUCUUUAUCUUAUAUCAAAGAAGGUUUUUGCUAGAAUCAAUAUAGCCUUAUACUAAGCGGAAUACCUAUUUAGGACAGUAAUAAUUAUAGUAUAUGUAAAAAAAUGGAUUAUAUUAAUCCUAAGUCAUGUGGUUAAGAUAGCUGCUAUGAUUAAAAUCGAAAUCAAUGCAUAGAAAUCCAAGUUGUAAAUGGUAAAACAAUAGAUGGAUUAUGCAUAAAUAGUGACAGCUACUAUUUAUAGAAUAUUAUUUGCAAUAAAAACUAUUGUGCACAUCAAAAAAAUUAAAAAUCUACAUGCUUUUUAAAAGAUUCCAAUUUGAUUACAGGAGAAACAAUUUAAAAUUAUUGCGUCACAUUUAAUUAAUAUUUUCAAAAUAAUUAAAUACGAUGUAAAAAUUAAUAUUGCAAAUAUUCAAUAGGAAGAUUAGCUACUUGUCUAAGCUAAUAAGGAAAAUAUAUCGAAUAUAAAUAGGGAAUUUAUUCAAAUAGAAAUUGCAAAUAAGAUUAUCAAUAACUUAGUAACUUUAAAAAUUUCAGUGUAGCCUCACUAUAUUUUAAAAAAUACAUUUAAGAAAUAAAAUAAAAAAAUAAUGUAAGCUCUCAAAUAUACAAAUCAGAUUCUAAUAGACUACUAGAUAAUUGUUUGACAUAAUAAUAAAAUUGCGUUGACCCAAAUACAAACUAGUGUCUUCUAAUAACAUCUGAUUAGUCAUUUUAAAAUAUAUGUGCAUAUAAUGGAGUCUGUUAUCAGAUGUCUAUUACUAUGUAUAUUGGUAGAGAUAGCUAAUACUAAUGUUUAACUGAUUAAUAAAUACCAUAAAAUGGAGUUGUAGAUAGUUGUUUUAAUAGCCCUACUGAUAUAUGUUUAAAAGAUGAUAAAAGUUAAUGCGUGCUAUAUCAAAAUUCUUAGACAUAUCUUGGGUAUAUAAGCAGCACAGGAUUUUGCGCUGAAUUAAAUAAAAAAACUUCUUAAGAUUAAUUAUAGAAUUUAAUUAAUUUAAAAUAAAAUUACUGCUAAGAUGACCAAUUUACUAUUGUUUAAAUAUAAUUUCCAUAUAUUGAUAGAAAUCAAACAUAUUAAUAGUGCAUUAAAUAAUAGUGUUAAUAGGGAUACUGCUAUUACUAAAAUUAAUGCUAGUAAGUAGGAUUUGAUGGAUUAAAUAUAGCAAUACUCUCAAAUGGAUUCUGUGCCCAAGCAUAACAGAGUGGAGCUAUUUAGUGCGCAUAGAAUUAUGAAGUUUGUUUAUAUUAAUCAUAAUGUGUUUGGUUAUCAGAUUAGAAUUUAAAUGCCUCUGGAAUUGAUUAAUUAGGAAAUUGUUUAGAUAGGGGAGAAUUCACUUCAAACUUAAGUAAAUGCGAAAAGCAUCAUUGCAUAACAAAAUCUUCUGAUUAGACAUAAGUAGCUUGUAUUUUGUUUAAUGGUUAGUAAGGAGCAGUGGGAGUUACUUCAGAUAAUUACUGCCUAGAUUUUAAUUAGUCACCAGCAAAAAGUUGCUAUUAAUAAAAUAACAUAUGCUAUGAUUAAUAAUCAAAAGCUUGUUAUUAAACUAUUAAUUUUGGUUCUAAUGGAAAUGGAUGUAUUUUGAAUAGUUAAUGCUUUUAAUUGUCUAAUAAUUUAUAUGUAGGAAGAGAUUUAGAUGGAUAUUCAUGUCUUACAAAUAUGUAAAUUGCUUAAAGAGGAGUAGAUAAAUGUUUUGAUGACUCGUAAAAUAUAUGUUUAGUUAAUGGAUCAUCACAAAGUUGUGUUAUCUAUUCGAAUAGUUAGUAGUAUUUAGGUUUUGUUAGCGAAAAUAAAUAAUGUGCUUUACUUAAUCAAUUAACUUAUCAACAAGGAACCAUUUCAAGUCUUAUAAACUUAUAAUAAAACUACUGCCAAGAUAACUAAGGGUAUAUAAGAUAAAUUGACAACUCAAUAAAUAUUGGAGUUUAAUCAUCAAAUUAUUUAUGCUUACAAAUAAGUUAAUAAGCAGCAUCAUAAAUUAUUUAAUGCUUUUCAGGAUAUUGUGUUAUUGGUAAUCAGUGCUAGCCUUAUGAUUCAACAUAUGUUGGAAGAGAUACUAACUAUAAUUGUUUACAAAUAGAAUAAUCUAAUUCAGUAGAAUGCUCAUCUAAUAGCUAAAUUUGUCUGGAUUAAAAUUUAAAAGCAUGCUUUUUCAUAAGCAAUACUUCAACUAAUCAUUCUGGUAGGUAGCUAAAUGGGCUAUGUGCACAAAGUAGUCAAUAUUAUUCAAAAAUAUCAAGUUGCAGUACUAAUUUUUGUAAGCUUAAAUAAGAUUCAACGAAUUAAAAUUCAUAAGAAGGAUGCUUUGCUUUUGAUAUUAAUUCUUCAAGAGUAGGUCUUGAUAUUAAUGGUUAUUGUGUCCAAUUAAAUUAAUCUGCAGUUAGUUGUACAUCUUAAACUUAGAAAGUUUGUUAUGAUCCUUUAUAAAAUUAAUGUAAAUUAACUAUUGACUAUGGUUCUUAAGGUAAUGGAUGUAUUUUGAAUAGUUAAUGCUAUCAGUUAUCUAACAGUUUAUAUGUAGGUAGAGAUAUAAAUUUAAGCUGUUUGACAAAUUUAUAAUAAGCAUUAAAAGGUAUUGAUAUUUGCUUUAAUGAUUAACAAAAUAUUUGUAAAAUAAAUGGACCUACUUAAUUCUGUGUGGUAUAUCCAUAAAAUUCUUAGUAUUUGGGAUAUGUUAUUUAAAAUGGAUUUUGUGCAAUUUUAAAUUAAGUUGCUUAUUAAGUAGGAUAGUAAGCAGGUUUAAUAAAUUUGAAAAAAAAUUAUUGUUAAGAUUCCUCUGGAUACAUAAGACUUUUAGAUGGUUUAACAAAUAUUGGUGUUGAUUCUUUUAAUUUUAUGUGCUUAAAAUAAAAUUAAAUUGCUUAAAAUAAAAUCAUACAGUGUUAUAAAGGGUUCUGCAUAAAUGGAAAUGCAUGCAAACAAUAUAACUUAAUUAAUAUUGGAAGGGAUGUUAACUAUAAUUGCUUAAAUAAUGGAUAAUCUAUUUCAGUUGAAUGUUCUUCAAAUAUACAAGUUUGCUUUGACUAAAGCAAUAAUGCAUGCUUUUUGAUAAAUAAUACUGAACCUAAUCAUUCAGGGACACAGCUAAACGGUUAAUGUGCAGUAAGCAGUCAAUACUAUUCUUAAAUAGCAUAGUGUUCAACAAACUAUUGUAAAAUAAAAUAAGAUCCUACUGACUAAACUUCAAAAGAAGGUUGCUUUCCUUUUGAUAUAAGCUUGUAAAGAGUGGGUAUUGAUAAUAACGGUUAUUGCGUUUAAUUAAAUUCGCCAACAGCAGUUAGCUGCACACAAUAAAAUUCUGAUAUUUGUUAUGAUCCUCAAUCAAAAUAGUGUAAAUUAACUAUUGACUUUGGUUCGAAAGGAAAUGGAUGCAUUUUAAAUAAGCAAUGUUAUGAAUUAUCCAAUAAUCUUUAUAUUGGCAGGGAUUCAAGUAAGAACUGUUUGACUAAUUUACAAUAAACAACUGCUGUUGAUAUUUGUUUUAAUGAUAAACAAAAUAUUUGCAAAGUUAUAGGAACUACUUAAUUCUGUGUUAUAUACCCAUAAAAUCCUUAGUAUCUAGGAUAUGUUGUUUAGAAUUAAUAGUGUGCAAUUGUGAACAUCAUAGCUUAUUAAUUAGGAAAAAUAGCAAAUCUGAUAAAUUUUAAACAAAACUAUUGCUAAGAUUCUACAGGAUACAUAAGAUCACUUGAUAGUUAAACAUAUAUUGGAGUAGACUCAUUUAAUUACAUGUGCUUACAUUAAAGUCAAUAACCUUAAAAUUCAAUAAUUUAGUGCUACAUUGGAUACUGCAUAAAUAAAAAUAUGUGCUAACAAUAUGAUAACACCUAUAUUGGUAGAGAUGUAAAUUAUAACUGUUUAGUUAGUAAAUAAUAAAAUAGUGUUGAAUGCUCAUCAAACAAACAAGUAUGCUUAGACAUAAUAAAUAAUAUGUGUGUUUACAUAAAUAAUACAGAAGUUGCAUAUGCUGGAAGAUAAAUAAAUAGUUACUGUGCAGCUAGUAGUACUUACUAUCCUAAAAUAACCUAGUGCUCAACAAGUUAUUGUAUAUAAAAAUUAAACUCAAACGAAGGAUGUUUUCUUUUUAAUAUCGUUGCAUAAAGAGUUGGUAUAGAUGCUAAUGGUUACUGUUUAUAAAUUGGUUAAUCACCUGCAGUGAGUUGUGGUGUUAAUUCGUAUACUAUUUGCUUUGAUCCUCAAAUGUAGAAAUGCUUAUAAACUGUUAAUUAUGGAUCUAGUGGAAAUGGUUGUACAUUGAAUAAUUAAUGCUAUUAGCUUUCUCAAAGUCUUUAUGUUGGUAGAGAUAUUAAUUAAUAUUAAUGUUUAUUAGAUAAGCAAAAGUCUGUAGGAGGAGUUGAUGUCUGCUUUAAUGAUUAGUAUAAUGUUUGCUUGGUUAUUUAAGAUACACAAUUCUGUGUAAUAUACCCAAAAUCUACUAUUUAUAUUGGGUAUAUAGUUGAAACAAAAUAAUGUGCUGUUUAAGAUUAAUUGACAAAUAUUUUAGGGACUCCUUCAAAUUUGGUAAAUUUAAGAUAAAACUAUUGCCAAGAUAGUCUAGGUUAUAUUAGAACUUUAGAUAAUACAGCUAAUAUAGGAGUAGAUUAGUUUAAAUAUAUGUGUCUUAAUUAAAACUAGUAAGCAAAAUAAAAAGUAAUUUAGUGCUUCAGCGGGUUCUGCAUAAAUAAUAACUAAUGCUAGUUAUAUGAUUUAACAUUUUUAGGUAGAAAUUUAAAUUAUCAAUGUUUAACUAACGGCAUGCCUACUAGUGUAGAAUGUUCUUCAGAUAACUAAGUAUGUUUUGAUUAGAGCAUAUAAGCAUGUUUUUUAAUAAAUGACUCAGAAUAAAAUCACUCAGGAAGAUAAUAAAAUGGUUAAUGUGCCAUUAGAGGAUAAUUUUAUGAUAAAAUAUUAGCUUGUGCUUUUAAUCACUGUAAGCUAAAGUAAGAUCCAACUAAUUUAAAUUCUAUUGAAGGAUGUUUCCCUUUUGAUGCAAACUUAUAAAGGAUAGGCAUAGAUACUAAUGGAUACUGUGUACAAAAGAAUUUACAAAAUGCUGUUAGGUGUAUGGCAGGUUAAUUUUGUCUUGAUUAUUAAAAUGGAUUCAGAUGCAUUGAUUUAUUAUUAAAAGAAAAUUUAAAUUGCUAUGCAAGAUAAAAAAUAACGGGUUAUUGCUUACCCUAUUAAUAACCACUUGGAAAUGGAGACAAUAUAGAAACUUGUGUUUAAGGUUCUUGCCUCUAUACUUAUUCAUAAACUAAGAAAGAUUUUUGCUUUACUGAAGGCACUCUAGCUAAAGGUGAUUUUAUUGUAGGUAUCAAUAUUUAACAAUAGUGUUUGAUUUAAGACUAAGAAACUUAAAUACAGAUAGUUACUUGCCUUGGAAUAACUUAUUGCAUACUUAAUAUAGGAAAUGGAAAACAAAAAUGCCAAUUAGUUUAGUUAUAUGAUCCAAAUUAUCCAAAUUUAAUAUACAGAGCUAAAAAUGCAAACUAACAAUGCUAAGAUUUGAAUACUUAAAAUAGUAUUGGUUGUAUGGAUGGUUUAUAUUGUUUGAAUACAAAUAAUAAUUAUUAAUGCGAAGCAAUGAGUUCACCAAAUGAAAUAAACAAAAUAGGAAGAGACUACUUAACUUAAAUAUGUCUACCUUAAGGUGUAAAAUACGUAAGCAAAUGUUAAUAGUAAUUCUGCAUAUCAUAAGGUGAAUGUGUUCCUCUUUCUGAUAAGUAUCCAGGAAAAGAACUAAAUACCCAUUUAUGCUUACAAUAAUAAACUAUAGGAACAUAUGGUGCAUCUAAUUGUUUUACAAACGGGUAUUGUUUGCUUGCUACAUCAUAAGGACUAUAUUCGUGUUACAAAUUGAGUUAAUCAAAUCCUUAAACAAUUGGAUUACAAAAAGAUACAAAUCGAUGCUUGUAAUAAAACUAACCAAUAGCUAUAUAAUGUGCACCAGGAAAAUUUUGUUUAGACCCAAAUACUUUAUCUUGCAAAAGUAUUUAAACAAGCUAAGGAAUGUGUGUUGAUUAAAACGGUUAUUGCACACUUAAUGGUAACUGUAAAAAAUGUGAUUAUAGUUAAUGUUUAUCAACAACUAUGUAAAACACAUGCCAAAAUCUUGUUUAGCAGCAAAUAACUUAUUGUGCAGAUUCUAAUGGAUUUUGUGCUGAUUUAUUAAGCAGUAACUGUAGUGUUUGCCCAAACAAUUAUUGCAUUCUCAAUAAUAAUGGCUAAUGCGUCACCUCAAUAAAUUUGUUAAGUUUAAUAGUUGGGAAUUAAUGCUUUAUUUAAUUUUAUGAUUAGAGUUAGUGCAUGCUUUAAAAUAUAAAUGUCCCAGACUCAAAUGGUUAUAUGUAUUGUACAAAUAAAUAUGGUUUUUGCUAAAAUAUAUCAGUUAAUAGUAAGGAGUGUUUAUUAUGCCCCACCUACUACACUAAUCCAGGUAAUUAAAUAUGCUACAGUGUUGAAGAAAUAGCAUAAUUAUAAAUCAUUCCUUAGUAGUUAUAUUUUAAUAUGCAGCUAACUUAUGUAAAAGAAGAUUGCUAUGAUUAAAAUUUUUGCUUAUCAGACAAAACCAAAAAGUGUCCAUAAGGGUGCUAUUCAUGUGAUUCCAAGAUAUUUUGUACAUAAUGCAUCUAAGGCUAUUUUUUAUAUUAGCUUUCUUCAACUUAUCAGCUUUGCUUAAAAUGUGAUAAUUAAAUAUAUUAAUAUGCUUAAAUGGCUUAAUAUUAUCCAAAUUCACCAACUUAUACUUGCCUUGAUUGCUCUUCAGAAUUUGGCAUAUGGAAUGAUAUCAGUAAUAAAUAUAAAACUUGCUAAAAUUAUAUAGCUUAGCUGGAUUAAAAUGCUUAAGUACUAUUAAAUAAACUAGGAGCUAGUAAUUUUAUAAUUAACAAUAACUUGGACUUAAUUUCCUAUUCAUCAAAUUUAUGCCCCCAAGGAUGCUCCUCUUGUAUUUAAAAUUAAUUGAAUCAAGCAGUUUGUGUUGAUUGCAGCUACGGUUUUGUAUUAACAGAUGGAAUAUGCUAACCUUGCCCAGAUAAUUGUAAAGUUUGCCAAUUUGCAACUUUUAUUACAGGAUAUGCUUAACUUAAGACUAAAAUUAACUACGAUCCAAGCUAAAAAUAUUUAUAUAAUUUUUAAUUAAUUUGUUUGAGUUGUUAAUAAGGAUACUUAGUAUCUUUUGACUUACAAUCAUGCUAAAAAUGUGGUUUAAACUGUAACUAAUGUUAAUAUGAAAAUUAGGAAUCUGUUUUAAAUUAUAACAUAGAAGCCUUAAGAAUGAUAUCACAAGCAGAAUUUAAUAAUAAAUAAUACAUUAAAAAAUGCUUUUAAUGCUAUGAUGGAUAUUUUUUGUCUUAUGAUGGUAUUUAAUGCAAAUAAUUUAUUUCUCAAUGCAUUCAUAGUAGUGUCUUAGUAAAUUAGGGAGCUUAAAGUUUAGAUUUAUCUGAAAAUUUAUGGGCAUUUUAAUAAAAUGCAGCUCAGAUAACCUUCAUUUGUAAGCAAUGUAAUGAUGGGUACAUUAUUUAAAAAAACUAACAAGAAUGUAACUAUGGAUGUCGAACUACUGUUUCAUAAACAAAAUGUUCUAAUUGUUUGCAGAAUCAAUCUAAUACAUAAUGUUUGUUUUGCAGUAAUGGAAGCAUUCUAAAUUUAAGUUAUAAUCCUCCUAAAUGCCAAGAUGAUGUUUGUUAAAACAAUAAUUAUGGAUGCGCUUAAUGCUUUUAUUACUAAGAUCCCAAUUCAAACAACCUUAUAUCCUAAUGCACCAGCUGCUUAGAUUAAUACAGUAUCCCUUCAAUAAAUGGAUGUAUUAAGUGUCCCUAAGGAUGUUCUAAAUGCUAUGAAGGCACUAGGACAUUUAAUUUUACAUCUUAGUUGAUUUAUAAAAGACAGUAAUUAAGCAUUUAGCAAAGAUUAAAUUAUAAUAGUACUUCAAAUAAUUAUCAAUUAUUCUGUACUGAAUGCCAAUAAGGUUAUUAUUUCGAUUAAUAAUAAAAAAUUUGUCUUGCUAUAUCAUGCGGUAAAUAUUGUUCUUAAUGUAUACUAAUUAACAACUAACCUUAAUGUAUUAAAUGUAAUUAAUAAAUGCUUUUCUCGUUAAUUAGUCCCAUAUAGUAUUUCAUAGGAAAACUUUAUUAUAAUUAAAAUGCUAUCCCUAAUAUAUAAAGCAUGGUAAGCCUUACUUCAAAAGGAGAUGAUUGCUAAAUAUGUCCAUUAAUGUGUUAAACUUGCACUAAUGAAAGCGAUAUAAGUUAAAAUCCACUGUUUUUAUAUGAUUCAUAGUGUUUGUCGUGCAAGCAAAACUUGAAUUUGAUUCUUUAAAACUACAGCAUAACCAAUGACAAAGAGAGAAGAAAAUGUUAUCUGUGUCAAAACACCGAAUAAGGCUGUUAUUACAAAAAAUAGAGAACAAUUUAUACUAAAUGCUUAGAUUAAAAUAAUUAAAUAGGUGAUGGAUCUUAACAAAAUCCUUUAAAUUAUAACAGAAUUAAUGAAGUGGAUAUUGAUUAGCUGAUAUUAAGUGAAUUGUAAUAUGAUUAGGCUGUUGUAUAUUACAAUGAAUUACAAGUUAAAGAGUUAGAAGUAUUGCUAAUUUUUUAUGGGGAUUAAUGUGUGGAAUAAAGAAAUUAGGUUUUCUCUACUAAAUUAUAGAAUUAGAUUAGAUCUUUAUAACUAAUAAGUUUAAAUGUUACAUCUUAAACUUCAAACCCUAAUAUUUAUUUAAAUUUUUUAUAAUUAUAGCCCUUUACUGUUGUUGGCUUUAACCAAGUCUUUGUAUAAAAUAUUAAUUUUUAAUAACAAUUUAAUAGUAGCUUUUAUGGAAUUAUUGUCUAGGAUAGUUAAUUAAUAACAUUUAAAAUGCUUAAUUGUAGAUUUAACUAAAGCUAAAAUAACUAACAGUAAUACUUAGCAUUUAAUUUAUCAACGUUGUAAAAUUCAACUGUAACUCUUUAAUAUGUUUAAUUUUAAAACGUUUAAGUUUAUAAUAGUAAUAAACUAAUUAAUAUUUUAACAAAACUUAAAGAUGCCUAAAUAUAUUUAACUAUCGAUCAAGCAUAAUUUAUAAAUGUAGUAAUGAGUAAAGCAUCACUAUUAUCAUUGAAUAUAUUUGAAGCAUACAUUAAUUUAACUAAUAUCUCUUUUUAUUAAUGCUAAUUUAAUGAUGGUACAGAAAUGUUUGAUAUCUAACCAAUCUAUAUUUAAAACCAAUAAAUUAAAGUAUUGUUUAAUAACGUUAGCUUCUCUUAAUGUGAAUUUUCUAAUGGAUCCUGCAUUUUAAAUUCUCAAUUUCUAAAUGAUCUAAAUAUUACAGAUAUUAAAUUUAGUUUAUCCAACUUGAAAUAAAAUUCUAUCCAAAAUAUACCUCUAAUAGCUUCAAACACUUUUAGUGUUUCUAAUUUUUAUAUCUCAAAUACAAUUAUUUAAAACUAUGGUUUUUUAUAAUAAUAAGAUAGCUUAUCGAACUUAAAAAAUGUAAAUCAAAAUUCCGUAUUUUAAGAUGUAUUUUUCCUAGAAAAUUAAAUAUUUUCAGAAAGUAUCAAUAGCUUAUUUUUGGACUAUUCUACAGACUAAAACACAAGCUCAUAAAUAUUAAGAUUUAAUUUGUAAAGAAAUAAUUUUUAAUCUAAAAAUCUCUAAUAGCUGAUAUCUUUUACUAAUUUAAAAAAAGUUUAAAUCUAAAAUAUUACAUUGAUAAAUAACAACUAAUUCUUAUUUUUAAAAACAGACUCAGUUUCUAGUGUAUAUAUUUAACAAGUAUCAUAAUCUCAGACUUUAAUAAAUUUAAUAUCUCCAAUAUUCUGCUAGAUAAGUUAAUCAUUAAAUUUCAUAAGUAUAGAUAGCUUUUAUCUAAAUGAUAUCAGAAUAUCUAAUAAUUUCAUCUAAAUAAAAAAUGAUUAAUUAUAAUCAAAUAAUAAAAGUUAUUCAAAUAAUUAACUUGCUACUCCAGCUGGAAUAAUUAUAAAUAAUAUUGUAUGCAACAAUAUUACUAUUGUCAUUUAAGAUAAUUUAGAGGAUUGUGGGCUGAUCUCAAUAAAUACAGUUUAGGACACUACAAUUUAAAUAAAAAAUAUAGUAUUUUAAUAAUUCUAAUCUUAAUUGCUAGUUAAAGGGAUCACCCUUGGCUCUAUUUCUUUAGGAUUUUAUUUUAAAUCACCAACUAUAUCAGUAAUAAUAGACAAUUCCAAAUUUACUGACUGUAACAUUGAUAACCCAUUUAAUUGGAUCAAUGGAUAAGUAAAAACAAUAAAUAUUAUAAAUUCAAAUUUUACAAACUCAGUUAGUCUUGGUUAAAAUAACUACAAAGAAUUAAAAUCAAUAAAAAAUGGCGGAUUUAUAAUGAUAACAAGUGUAGCGUUUACUAUAUUUAAUUCUUUGUUUGCAAAUGGUUUAGCUUUAUUUGGUGGAGCCAUAUUUUGGAGUCCUAAAAGUGAGGGGAGCAUGUCAUUUUAAAAUUCUACCUUUAUUGGUAAUUAUGCCUAUAGCGAAGACAGCUUGGAAUCUAAAGGAGGUGCUAUUUUGAUUGAUUAAUAGUUUUCAAAUAGCCAAGACAUUAACAUUAAAAAUUGUUUAUUUUUAUCUAAUUUUGCAUAAUAUGGAGGAGGAGCUAUAUCACUUCAAACUUCGAAUUUACCUAGAUCUUUUGUUCAAAUUGAAAGCAGUAUUUUUGAAAAUAAUUUCUCUAUUUUAGGCAGCAACCUUUAUUUAAACAAUUAAAUAUCAGCCAAAACAAUAGUCAUACUAAAGCAAAUAAUUUCAACUAACUAAAUAGAAAAGAUUACUGAUAAUAUUCAAUUUUUAAAUAUCUAAGUUGUUGCUUAAGAAAAUAUAAUUAGCUCAAUUUUUUACAUUAACAGAGCUAAUUAUGUUUUCAUUUAAAAUUCAAAAUUUAAAAUAUUUUCAAAUAAAAGCAAAUUUUUAGAUCAAUAAUUUAUAAAUACUCUUAUUUUUUAAAAGAUUUUACUAGUAACCAAUACAUAAACUCUACUUGACUUUAACAACAUAUACGAAUCAAGUCUUUUCCUAGAUAAUCUAAUAAAUUUUGAUCAAAUCUAUUAAUUGUAUAUCUAUAAUUGCACGUUAUAGGAUAAUGCUAAUAUUUAUGCAUUUUAGUAAUUAACUAAUCCUAAUUUACCUAUUUAAAAUGUGGCAUUAUAUAAUAGCACUUAUUGUUAAAUUCAACUCUUAAAUUCAAAUAACAAUUUCUGCAAGUAAUGUAGUCAAGGAAUAAUUUAAAUAGCAGCAAUAUUUCUAAAUAUCUACUAAUCCCGCUUUGACUCAAAUACUGCACUUCAUGGCUCAGGAUUGUAUGUUUAACAAAUUUAGAUACCAAGUUAAGGAUCUUCAAGGAUUCUAUAACAAUAAAACCAAAAAAAUUAGAUAAAUAUUUAAAAUUCAUAAUUUUAGAAUAACAAGGCAUAUGAAAAUGGAGGUGGUAUUUAUCUUAAUUAUUCUUCAAUUCUAAUUUAAAAAUGCAUUUUCGAUAAUAAUAAUGCAUUAUCAGAAGGUGGUGCUAUCUAUCUUAACAAUGAGUAUUCCUAAAUUCUUUCAAAUAUUGUAUAACUUAAUGAUUGCUAUUUUGAUUCUAAUUAUGCACAAUAUGGAGGAGCUAUAUCUUCAAACACAGGUUAAAGUGUAAACUAAUAUUUCAACAAUACAUAUAAAAAUAACACUGCAUAAAAAUAUGGUUAAAUAAUUAAGUAAUCUCCAAUUCAUUUUGACAUCUAUAUUAACAAUAAAUAAUUCAAUGCUUACAAUAACAUUCCUUAAAUAGAUGUGCUUAAUCAUGAAGGUGGCUAAUUGAAUGAUGAUAUAAUUUUGAUUUUAUCAAGCAAAAACUUUGAAAAGUUGAGCGAAAGCAAUAUUAAUUUAUAAGUAAGCAUUUAAUCUGGAUAUGGUUACAUAAAUACAAAAAGCCUGACAAAUGAGUAAGGAAUAUUUAAUGUGACUGAUUAACUAUUAAUAUAUGGACUCAUGGGUGAUUAGCUUCAAGUAAAAAUAACUAGUAACUAAAUUAAAAUACCUAUUUAUGACUCAGGUUAAAAUGUAAUAGGAUACAAUUAAGAGUAUAAAUUGAUAUUAAAUAUUUAAUUAGCAAAAUAAUGUUAAGUUGGCAAAAUAGUAAAAAAGAUAUACGAAUACUAUGAUUAUUGCUUUUAAUGUAAAGAUUCAUAUAGCUUUAUUAUUACUGAUUCUUGUUUUUAAUGUCCAAAUAAUGAUAUAACUUGCUAAGGAAAUAAUAUUUAUUUGAGUUCUUAAUAUUGGAGAGUUAAUAAAAACUCAUCUGAUAUCUAUCAAUGCUCUAACUGUAUUGGCGAUUAAAACAUUAGUGAAGCUUAAUAAAAAAUUUAUCAAAAAAGAAUUUAAGUAUCUGAUUAAAAUUACUAUUGCGAUGAAGGAUAUAUUGGAGCUUUGUGUGAAGAUUGUGAUAGAAGAGGUAUAUUUUGGGGAUAUUCAUAUGCAAAGAACUUUAAAAACAAAUGCAUUAAGUGUUCAGAAAUCUCUGUACUAGAGAUAAUAUACCCAUUUUUAUUUAUGAUUAUUUGUAUUUGGAUAAUAAUUAAAAUGGUCUAAAAUUAUUAGAAUAAUUUAUAAAAUAAACUCAUAACUAAAGUUUUAUAUAUAAUAUUCUUAUAGAGAGUAUAAUAAAACUUUAAGACAUAUCCUGUCCUGAAAUUUUUUUUAAUAGAAAUAUACAUAAUUGGUAUAGUAUUGAGCUAUGAAACAAACUUUUCUUACUUUUUCUCCAAUAUGUUUUUAGAUUUAGGAAAUCUCUUUAGCUUAUAAUUGAGGGCUUUUGAGUGCUUUUUAGAGAGGGUAUCUAAUGCUGAUAUCUUAGUAAAGGGUAUUCUCUUUUUGCUUUUGAUCUGGUUUAUGAGUUAUCUGUUUCUUAUAUCUUUUUUUUUAAUUAAAAAAUUUUACUUUAAUGAGAAAAAUAUUUUUGUAAAAGUUUUUAUUGCUAGUCAGAUCUUCAUUUACUACACUUAGACUGCUGUUUUAACAAAGCUUUAUAAAUUGAUUAUUUGCUAAAAUUUUGGUGGUGUCUUGUUUGUAACAGAGUAUUUAUCAAGUUAUUGUGAUAAUUAUUAGCUAAAUUUAUAUCAUUACUUUUAUUUGCCUCUUUAUUCGGUGGUUUUUCUGGUGCCUAUGUUAUUCCUAAUUUUAAAGAUGCAAAAUAAUAGAUUUUAUUUGCAUUAGUACAAAUAUUAAAUGCGUUAUGGGUUUUUUACAAAUGAAUACAAGUAUAAAUACUUUUUUUGGGAUUUUAUAAAGUUAAUCUUUAAGUAAAUACUUAGCAUAAUAUUAUACAGCUCUUAUUAGACAACUAACCUAUAGACUAUAUUUUCUAUUUUGCUAUCUUUAACUUAUUGCCUUCUAAUCUUUGCAUGUAAACCAUAUAAAGAAAAUAAGUUAAAUGAUGUUGACUUUAAAUUACAGUACAAAAUAGCUCUAUGCUUUAGUUUAAAUUUACUUACUUCUUAGUUGAAAGAUAGUUUUUUUUAGGUAUUAACAAAUGUAUCAUAUACUUGCAUAGUGUUGAUUAUUCUCUAUCACAUUCUCAUAGAAAUCAACAUAAAUUUAAAAAUCAACUUGCUAUCUUUUUUAAAUUAUUUGUAAAUGAAAUCAAAAGUAUUCAACUACGCUAUUAAAAUGCUAUUCUUAAGUAAUCUUGUGAAAAAACAUAUUAAAAGCUUAGAUAAUUGGAAAAAAUUGAGAAAUUUUCUUGAUUCUAAAGAUAAAAUUCAGUUUUAAUAUUUUUAUAAAUAUCUUUAUAGUUAAAAUUUUGGAUUGAUGAGAACAUUUUAUUAAAAAAAUAAAAUCUUAAAACAUCCUGAUCAAAUAAGACUCAAUAGUUUUUAAAAUAAAGUAAAGCAAAAUUUUUGA